CUCCUCGCCAUCAGACUCCUCCUCUGACUCCACCCCCUGAGACUGACCCCGCCCUUGAGCUGCCAUGUCGGUCACUGACGAUGAAGUUAUACGUAAGCGGCUUCUAAUUGAUGGAGAUGGUGCUGGAGAUGAUCGACGUAUUAAUCUACUACUAAAAAGCUUCAUUAAAUGGUGUAAUUCAGGAUCUCAAGAGGAGGGAUAUAGCCAACACCAGCGCAUGCUUGGUACCUUGGGGCAGUGUGAAUUCUCUAUGGGAAAAACUUUGCUUGUGUAUGAUAUGAAUCUGCGGGAAAUGCUGAAUUAUGAGAAAAUAUCAAAAGACAUAGAAAGUAACAUUGCAGCUGCACAUGACAAGAUCUCAGAAUGCAAAAAACAGAUUCUACAAGCAAAACGAAUUCGGAAAAAUCGUCAAGAGUAUGAUGCAUUAGCAAAAGUGAUACAACAGCAUCCUGAUAGACAUGAAACCUUACAGCAACUGGAAGCAUUGGGUAAAGAAUUAGAGCACCUUUCUCAUAUUAAGGAGAGUGUUGAAGAUAAGCUUGAAUUAAGAAGAAAACAAUUCCAUGUUCUACUCAGUACUAUACAUGAACUACAACAAACACUGGAAAGUGAUGAGAAAUUAUCAGAAGGUGAGGACUCUCCUGAGACUCGCAUGGAGAUGCAAAAUGGGCAUUAGUGGAGCUGCCAUUGAGAACAUUUUUAUUACAGUGAAAGUUUUUUUUUAAUAGAGGAAAAACAUUUAAUGCUUACCUUAGAGCUCUAAAGAUCAGCUUUUUAAGUGUAUAUUGUUUUUGAAAGCAAGGAUGAAAAGUAUGGAAGUGUUGAAUUGAUUAAUAAAAAGCACAAAUUGAAA